AUGGCCACCACGACCGUUACCACCAAGGAAACCCAUAAUGAGGUACUAGAGAGCCAGUACACUAUCGUCCGCGAAACCACUCAGGUUGAUCGCAUGUUCUACAUUUAUCACCGCCUCGGAAUACAAGCAAAUGUCUUGGUCGCAGCUCGUUAUGCCUCGGCGCAGACCGGUGCGCAGCGUACGGACUUGUCCGACGAAGCAGUCUUUGCAGCCCUGCAUACCGUCAUCACGAAGCAUCCUGAAUUAGGCUUAGUAGGAGUUGUGGAACCAGGAGACGAGGACAAGCACCUACUAUCCAUUGCAUCACUCCACACAAUUGACCUGGAGUCCUGCGUCGAGUUUAUCGACACCGACGUGCCGGAGUUGGGCUCAGAACUGUUCGAGAAGCUCCACGGCCAAUGGCUCUGGGCAGAUGGAGAGGUGAAGCCAGGUCAACCGUGGUGGAAAGUCAUUGUUCUUGGUCGCCGAGACAUCGUCUUCCUAUUUCAUCACCUCGUCUGCGAUGGCUCCUUCGGAAUGACCUUCCAUCGCGAGCUACUUGCAGCAUUGAACGACGUACCCUCUUCGGGGUUGAGACAACAAGCUCCCCGGCAAGUCCACCUCGAACCCGCGAAAGUGAGACUAAAUGAGAAUCUUAAAGCCGCGGUGCACAAAAAGCCGCCAUUCAUGGGUGUCCUGUAUAAUCUGUUCAUGUUUCUCUUCUUUCGCUUCUUCUACUCCAAGCUACUUUUCUUCGUCGACUAUGAGAAACCCAGGGCGUUUCUCAAAGAUCCCUUGGACAUUGCGCUGCCCCAUGAACGAACCGUCACCAAAGUGGCCAAUUAUCGCAUUCCGGCCAAGAAGAUGGACGCCAUUCUUGCUGCUUGCCGAGAACACGGCACGACUUUUACUCCAUUGCUGAUGGUCAUGAUCACCGGUACACUGGCGGCAGACUUCUACCCGAAAGCGAAGGUCGGAUUUACUCGGUAUGCGGUCGACAUGAGACCUGUCGGACAAUUCGAAGACUUGGCUUCGGACCAAGGUAAAAUGCUCAAUCUAGCUACAAGUGUUCCGGAACCCGAGUGGUUGAAGAAAUACCGUCGCGCCUUUACCACUUCGUCUUCCCCUAGCGAAAAGGGGGAAAAGACUAAGAAUGCCAAUUCCAAGGCCAUCUGGAAGUUAGUCCAGCGCUAUGGAAACCGGAUGAAGCAGUUGCGCAAGGGCGGCGAGAAUUCUCCCUUGUACAAGUCAUGGCUCAGCGGGAACACAAUGGGCCCAACACUCGAGGAGUUCGUGGACAAGUCCCUUCCCUCCCUUGGCAUAAUCAUGCAGAAUUCCUAUUCCGUCUCGAACCUUGGAGCCUUAAAGCCGGAUUCUGCGUCCCUGACUGGUCGGAAGCCAGCUUUGAGCAUUGAGGAAGUGCAGUUCUCGACUGCCUCGCCCCAUGGCGGUGUUGGAUAUCAUGGCAUCGUGUUUAAUACGGCUGGUGUGGCUGGUGGGGACGUUGUGAUCAACGCUUGUACUGAAGAGGGGAUGGCUCCUGACGGGUUGGCUCGCGCGGUAUUGGACGGUGUCAUGGCUAGAAUUGAUGCGCUGAUCUGA